AUGGCUACAAAAACUCAAAAGAAGGUUUUAAAAAAACAAAAUAAGAAAAAGAAAAAAGAUCCAUUAGCUCCAAAGAGAGCUCUCUCUGCUUAUAUGUUUUAUGUAAAAGAUAAAAGGCUAGAAAUAAUAAAAGAAAAACCAGAAUUAGCCAAAGAUGUUGCACAAGUAGGAAAGCUAAUUGGAGAAGCUUGGGGAAAAUUAAGUGCAGCUCAAAAGUCACCAUACGAAAAAAAAGCACAGCUAGAUAAAGCACGAUACUCAAAAGAAAUAGAAGAAUAUAGAAAAAAAAAUAAAGAAUAA